AUGGUUGAAUCAGUUGAAGAGAUGUCACAAUCGUCUUCCACACGACAUGUAAUGCUAAACGGUGUACUGCAACAACAUAUCAUAAACUCUCAUGGUCAUUUUAUUGAUUUGCUCGGUGCAAUAUCGAUGAAUGACAGACUGUCAAUUCCAACUAACGAUCAAACUCUGAAAAGACUUUUGGCAAAGUUAACAGCUGACGAUGUUUUGGAUGAAGAAUUCGCAAUGAUUCCGAAUCGACGUAUGUCUGCUGGUGUAUCAACGAGUCAGAAACCUGAAAAUAUGAAGCGAAACCGUACACGAUCAAUAGUGCCGUACGAAGACACACGAAUUAUGUUACAUUCAAAGCAAUCCAAUCCAACCGGAUAUAUUAAUGCUUCAAACAUUCAAAUUCCAAUUGGCAAUCGAAUUUUGAGAUAUAUAUUGGCACAGGCUCCACUUCCGGAUACAAUCGAAGAUUUCUGGCAGAUGAUUUGGGAAUCUGGCUCACAGCUUAUCGUUAUGCUUUACAAUGCUCAAGAUUUUAAAAAUACUACAACACCCAUUUAUUGGCCAACAAAAGUAAUGGACAAGCAAAGAUUAUCAGAGCAUUCAUUGACAUUACUUUCGAGUACGUCAAGUAAACAUCAGAUAACAAUGAUGUUUCAAUUGAAGCAGAAUUCGAGUGGUGAACUACGAACUAUUUAUCAUCUCAGGCUGUUGGACUGGGAAAGCGGUGGGAUACCGCCCAGUGAAGAGUCGUUUCUCGGUUUUAUGGACGCAGUCAGUAGUGUUCGACGACAUCUGGAAAAUGAGCAGUUGGGGGAGAUAAACUCCGGAGCAGUAUCGGAAUCCAGAAAAAAUCGAAAUAAUUAUCACUUAAAUUUAACGGAUCGAAAUAGAACACCACAACUGACUGAUUUCGGUCAUUACAAAUGGUGUAGAAAAGGAUUGCACAUGGUUAAUUAUGCAUUGCAUUAUUCACCUCCCAGUCAUUCGGGUGUUUCAUCGGCGGAAUUUCCAUCUACCGGAAAAAAUAGAGAAAUGUCAGAUGUGAUUGCACCGCCAACCGCAAUACACUGUCUAACAGGUGCUCACGAAUCCGGCGUUUACCUGCUUG